UCAGACUUCAGUGGUAUUAUAGAAGAAUUUGAUUCCAACUGGAUGCAUAAUUCGCAUAGAAUAGGAGAUAUCCAGAUAUUAAAUAUUGGAGAAAUGGCUUUCAUUUGUUUGGAUAUCAGAUGCCUAUGUAUCUUUCUCAUGUACACAGCAUUUGGCUACGCUUUGUCUGACACUGAGAUAAACGCUAAUCCUCCCCAGGAUUUUCAGAUAGUGGAUCCUGGAUAUUUAGGUUGUCUCUAUUUUCAAUGGCAACCACCAUUGUCUCUGGAUGAUUUUAAGGAAUGCACAAUAGAAUAUGAACUGAAAUACCGAAACAUUGGUAGUGAAAUAUGGAAGACCAUCAUUACUAAGAAUCUACAUUACAAAGAUGGGUUUGAUCUUAACGAGGGCAUUGAAGCAAAAAUACACACACUUUUCCCAGGGAAAUGUGCAAAUGGAUCAAAAGUUCAAAGUUCAUGGUCAGAAGCUACUUAUCGGAUACCACCACAAGGAAAUCCAGAAACUAAAAUUCAGGAUAUGGAUUGUAUAUACUACAACUGGGAAUAUUUACUCUGCUCUUGGAAAGCUGGCAUGGGUGUACGUUUGGAUGACAAUUACAACUUGUUUUAUUGGUAUGAGGGCUUGGAUCAUGCAUUACAGUGCCUCGAUUACAUCAAGGUUAAAGGAAAAAAUAUUGGAUGCAGGUUUCCCUAUUUGAAGUCAGCAGACUACACAGAUUUCUAUAUCUGUGUUAAUGGAUCAUCAGAAUCCAAGCCUAUCAGAGCCAGCUAUUUCAGUUUUCAACUUCAGAAUAUAGUUAAACCUUUGCCACCAGAGCACCUUAGUGUUACUAUGACAAGUCCAAAUGAAAUUAACAUGAAAUGGAGCUUGCCUAGAGGACCCAUUCCACCAAAGUGUUUCAUUUAUGAAAUUGAGUUCACAGAAGAUGAUAUUACCUGGGUGACUACCACAGUUGAAAAUCAAGCGAAUAUCACGAGAACAACAAAUGACAGCCGACAAUUAUGCUUUAUAGUAAGAAGCAAAUUGAAUAUUUAUUGUGCAGAUGAUGGAAUUUGGAGUGAAUGGACUGAGGAGAAUUGCUGGAAAGAUGAUAGAUGGAAGACAAUUUUGAUGUUUUUCAUGCUACUACUUGGUUUUGCCUCAGUAUUAAUUUUCUUGAUGAGUUAUCUGAUUUUAUAAGAGAAAGAAAUUGC